AUGGGGCCACAAGCACUCCUCGGGAGCAUGGGCAGCCAGGGGAAAUCAUCAGCCAGAGCAGAGCAGGGCCCCCGGCUCAGUCAGCUGCCCCAUUUCCAGUUCAAGGAGAUAAUGAAGAGGCGCAAACGCCAGGAUAGGCUGGGCCCAGGCACGUACAACAUCAAGGACUUCCUGCAGGAGACACGUCCCACCAGCAUCCGGGGGAUCUGCGAUACGAGGGAUGAGCGGUUCAGGGAUGCUCACAGGGACUGCUUCCCUGGCCCCGGCACAUAUGGGAACCCCUAUAUCCCGCUUGACGAGAGGGACAAGCGCUCUGCCAGCACAAAGGGGAUGAUGGACAGCAGGACAGCCAAGUGUGCGCCGAUGGAAGCUGUGGGCAGUGGCCUGGGACCUGGCACCUACAGCCUGCGGAGCAGCAUCGGCCGGGGGCUGCAGCGGGCGGGCGGCCCCAGACCCUGCCAGCGUGUCUCAGGAGGGAGGCCGAAGCCCACCGGUGGUGGCUAUCAACACUUGGAGCAGAAGAAAGGCACUGAGGUGAUCACUGUCACUGUCAAGAGUUUCCUGGAUGAGCUGAUGUCAAAUGAGAACAAGAAGAAAGGCUGCUUCAGCACCCUGCCCAGGGACCCGGGCUGCCCCAUGGAGAGGAUCUUCUGGUUCACACUCAGCCAGUGCCCGAGGAAGGUAAAUGUGAUGGGACCAGGCUCCUACAACCCAAAGCCCAUUGAGAAAUCAGCAUACUACAGCCAGGCCCCAUCCUGGUCAACUGCCAAGAGAUUCGACAGAAAUUUCUACCACCUCUUUACUGGGAAUGAGCAGCAUCAGCAGCAUGUUACAGAGCCAGUGCAGAACCCUGUAGGUGUUGGUCGCUAUGACACCUCCAAGCAUGAAAAAUACCCUCAGAAGAUGAGAUACCAGUCCCUGUACCAGUGUGAUGCCCAGCGGUACCUGAGCAACCUGAAGCGGGAUGCCUACUUGCUUGAGCGGCUCAAGCCUGUUGCUAAAACCAACUGGUGUGAUUUGAUUUCUGCUCCUCGUUGUCCAGAUACCUCUGAAGAAAUCACUUUUCCAAAAGUAAGAUGGUGCUGGAAAGCCCAAAUCAGUGAGUAAACAGCUGACAUGGCAGCAGAGGAGACAGGGUAGACAAAAACGCUUACAGCAUGU